CGGACGGGGGACACGCGGCCCUGACGCCAGCUGCCGGAGCCGUCUGGGAGCGUGGCCGUCCCGCGCCUCUCCGCGCCGGAGGAUGCGGGAGCGCAUCUGGGCGCCGCCGCCGCCGCUGCUGCUGCUGCUGCUGCUGCCGCCGCCGCCGCUGUGGGGCGGCCCCCCGGACAGCCCGCGCCCCGAGCCGCCGCGCGAGCCCGGGCCCCUGCAGCCCUUCGACCUGCUCUACGCCAGCGGCGUGGCCGCCUACUACAGCGAGGACUACGAGCGCGCGGCGCGCGACUUGGAAGCGGCGCUGCGCAGCCACCGGCGCCUGCGGGAGGUCCGCGCGCGCUGCGCCCGCCACUGCGCCGCGCGCCGCCCGCUCGCGCCCCCCGGCGCCGGCCCCGCGGCCGAGCUGCCCUUCUUCCGCGCGCUGCUGGAGCGCGCGCGCUGCCACCGCAGCUGCCAGACCCAGCGCCUCGGCGGCCCCGCGUCCCGCCACCGCGUCAGCGAGGAUGUGCGCAGCGACUUCCAGCGCAGGGUGCCCUACAACUACCUGCAGCGGGCCUACAUCAAGCUUAACCAGCUGGACAAGGCAGUGGAAGCAGCCCACACAUUUUUCAUGGCUAACCCUGAGCACAUGGAAAUGCAGCAGAACAUUGAGAAUUAUAGAACAAUGGCCGGUGUUGAAGUCCUCCCGUUGGUAGAUCGAGAAGCCAAACCACAUCUGGAGAGUUACAGUGCAGGAGUUAAACAUUAUGAGGCUGAUGACUUUGAGCUAGCUAUCAAGUACUUCGAACAAGCGUUAAGAGACUAUUUCAAUGAAGAUAUGGAAUGCAGAGCCCUGUGUGAGGGGCCACAGAGAUUUGAAGAGUACGAGUACUUAGGGUACAAAGCUGGUCUCUAUGAAGCCAUUGCAGAUCACUACAUGCAGGUGCUGGUUUGCCAGCACGAAUGCGUGAGGGAGCUUGCCACCCGCCCUGGCCGCCUUUCUCCGAUUGAGAACUUUCUUCCUCUGCAUUUUGACUACCUACAGUUUGCCUACUAUCGAGUCGGUGAAUAUGUGAAAGCCUUGGAGUGUGCCAAGGCCUAUCUUCUCCUCCACCCGGAUGAUGAGGAUGUCCUAGACAAUGUGGAUUACUAUGAGAGCCUACUAGAUGACAACAUUGACCCAGCAUCCAUUGAGGCCAGAGAGGAUUUGGCAAUGUUCGUGAAGCGUCAUAAACUGGAAUCUGAACUAAUAAAAUCAGCUGCAGAGGGUCUAGGAUUUUCAUACACGGAGCCGAAUUAUUGGAUCGGAUAUGGAGGGCGACAGGAUGAGAAUCGAGUCCCUUCAGGAGUGAAUGUGGAGGGGGCAGAAGUUCAUGGAUUGUCAAUGGGGAAAAAAUCAUCACCCAAGAUAGAUCGAGACUUAAGAGAGGGCGGCCCUCUGCUCUAUGAGAACAUCACGUUUGUCUAUAACUCGGCGCAGCUGAAUGGGACUCAGCGGGUUCUCCUGGAUAAUGUCCUGUCGGAAGAACAGUGCCGGGAACUCCACAGCGUGGCCAGCGGAAUCAUGCUCGUUGGUGAUGGAUACAGAGGAAAAACUUCACCCCAUACACCCAAUGAAAAGUUUGAAGGUGCCACUGUCCUGAAAGCACUCAAGUUUGGUUAUGAAGGCCGAGUCCCACUGAAGAGUGCCCGUCUGUUUUAUGACAUCAGCGAGAAGGCUCGGAAGAUUGUAGAAUCCUAUUUCAUGCUGAACUCAACACUGUAUUUUUCCUAUACACACAUGGUCUGCCGAACAGCCCUGUCUGGCCAACAAGAGAGAAGAACUGACCUGAGUCAUCCCAUCCACGCUGACAAUUGCCUGUUGGAUCCUGAGGCCAAUGAGUGCUGGAAGGAGCCCCCCGCCUACACAUUCCGGGACUAUAGUGCUCUCCUGUAUAUGAAUGAUGACUUUGAAGGAGGGGAAUUCAUAUUCACUGAGAUGGAUGCCAAGACUGUGACUGCCUCUAUCAAACCGAAAUGUGGGCGCAUGAUCAGCUUCUCUUCUGGGGGAGAGAACCCUCAUGGAGUGAAGGCCGUCACCAAGGGCCAGAGGUGUGCUGUGGCUCUGUGGUUUACCUUGGACCCACUUUACAGAGAAUUGGAGCGAAUACAGGCCGAUGAGGUGAUCGCAAUUCUGGAUCGGGAACAACAAGGGAAGCACGAACUGAAUAUCAACCCCAAAGACGAGCUAUAAGAGCGAGGAAAGAAAAAGUUCUAUCAGAUAUUUAUUUAAAUUGUUAAUCUUAUGAGAACGUUUUUAUUUUUGUACAGAGCCAUGGUAUAUAAAUUAACAGGUUAAUCCAAGUCACCAGAUUCCCCUUUUGUUCUCAAGGAUGCUUGCUUUGCCCCAUUCCGUCUGUCUGUCUUGAUUUCUCAUCAGGUCAUCAACUCCCCCCGUACACACACACACACACACACACACAUGUGUGCACACACACGCACCUCGUUUGCUGCACAUGCAAAAGCUCCAGCAGAAAGAAUAAGUUCAUUCUUGGCGAAACUAUGCCUCUCAUGCGUGCUCCAGUUCUGCAGUUAGCGUGUGCUUUGGACGCGAAGCCUUUCUGGCCAUGCGCCCUUCAGCAACACCCUCUCGCAGUGUUGGCGGCCAUGAGCCGGAGUCUGAGGGGCCCCCGGUGGGGUCUGCACUGCCUCAUGCAUCACUGAUCCGCUCCGAAGACCCCUGCAGGGCACGGAGGGCCCCAGCCUUUCCAGGGCCUUGGUGGAGUUCUUGGCUCUGCUAUUUUCAUCUGAGAACAGAGUUACACUGGAAGCUUCGAUUCAUUCUCCACAGCGCUCCAGAAAGGACUGCCCUAAGACUUGUGUCUUUCAGAAGGCUGUUGAGGGGGGUUGAAGUAGCAUGACCCUUCACCCCAGUGACUUGGGAAGAGACUCUUCCACCCCGCCUGAAUCGGGACACCUCCCACACAUUGCCUGAUUGUGGGCUCCGUGGGCGAGAAGAGCCAUUUUGUAAGAAAGAUGGAUCUCUGAUUGAUUCCAGUAUUCACCUGUGUGUAUUUUGGUGCCCUCUGAUCUUUGCUGCUAUCCAGUUCACAGAUUCAUGCUUGCGUCUGAUUGUUUAAUACCGGGAGCCUUAUUCUAACACCUGGCAUGUAUUUUUUGUCUCUCAAAUGUUCGGUGUGUCUUCAGGGAAUGGUUUUGUGGCUUUGGGGACAGCCCUGGGACAACAUUGGGCCGCGGCUAGUUUUGCUGGCAGGUGCUUUGGGGCCACAAAGAAAGUGGAGGCACUGUUUUUGAAGGAACAGAAAUGGUUAGCAGAGGUGUGCGUCCAGAGAACCAUUGGUCCUCGGCCAAAAUUCUAAGGCAGUCCUUCCGAGACAUUGUUUGGGUUGGAGCUGGGUGGUUAUAGCCUGGGGGAAGCCUGCGCCACUAACCCGCGGGAGGGUCCCCGCCUCUGUGACGGGCACUGGUAGAAGCAGUAGUUCCUAAGUAAACCAGCACAUUGAAACAUAUUCUGACAAUCACGUUUCCUUUCUUGCCAUUUAUGAUCUCGGGUGACGGCAAGCAUGUUCAUCCUUUGAGGCUGAAAAACUGAGUCAGAGUGAGCUGUGUGCCGUCUGUUUCCCACCCAAACUUCAGUUAGGGGAGAGUGCAAGGAGCACGAGAUGAUAACCGCAGCUGGACAAGUAUGCCUGUGUGACCUGGAGCUACUGUCUUUCCCUUUCUGGGCUUUGGUUUCCUCGUCUGAAAGUCACGUAAUUGGUCAUCAUUGUUUCCAAAAGCCCUCCGCCCUCUUGCUGGAACUACAAAGCAAAUAAAAGACAAAAACAAAA